GGAUAGAACCAGAGUUGCCCGUCGAAAGCAGACGAGCAGUUUCACCGCGCGCCGUCUGAAUCUUUUUGCCAUUUUUGUUUUCGGUUGCUUCUUUUUGUUUUCGUUUUUACUUUCCCGGACUCUUGGGUUGUGUUGCUUCUCUUACCUGAAGAACAAUCAACGGGAAGUGGGAUUUUUCUAUAUCUCUUUUUGCGUGCUCGAUUCGUUUUGCGUUCAAGUCGACGACGACAGAUCGACAAGAGGAAGGUUCAAGUCGACUCGGCGAGGAGGAACAAGAUCUGCCCGCCAUCCGUCCAAGCAUCCAGAACAAGAUUCGGCGACGCCCUGCCCUCAAACAAACGGCGGUUCUUUCUGCGCCGACCAAAAGGGGACAAGAACACCACCCGAACCGGUACUAACGCCGGUCCCAACCGCCCAAAACGACCAAUUGCGACAAGCCACCCGGAACCACGCCGAACGGCUUCGCCUUGAAGACGUCUCGCCGUAACAGACGACGUAUCAACUAGGCCUAAUCGAGAGCAAAGAUGGCGCCGGCGACGCGCCAGGCCCAGCAGCGCGGGCCGUCUGCUUCGAUGGACGUCCACUGCCACAACAUGACGAGACUGCUGCUCUCUCUCACGGCGAACUUGUCAUCUUCCUCGUCGUCGUCGUCGGCGACGUCCAGGGGCUCCGAGGUCGACCUUUGGCCCUCGUCGACUGUGGGAGCCACGGGCGGGCCCGGCGGGGACGACAAGGAGGCAGAAGCCAGCCAACGACAGGCUCUCAUGUACAUCGUGGUGGUGCUGUUCUUCUACUCGUUUGGCAUCGGCUUCAUGAUGAUCCGCUACAUGCGGCAGGAGGCCAAGGAACAGGAAGAGUGCAAGAUGUACAGGAGGUACAUUAAUGCUGCCCACGAGCAGUACCUCAACGCAACCAACAGAGCCAGGCUGGCCAACAGGCUUGCGCUCCAAGCUCUCAACACUGUGAACGCCAUCCCACAGACGACGCACGUUGGCUCUAAGGUCACCUUCGUAUGACAACCGCCCACUGUCAUCUGUCGGACAUAAUCAAUCGCGGACGUUUCGCAGCGAAUUAAGUCCACCAUCUUUGGGAGCAGUCCAGGAGCCCUGCGAAGGCCUCCCAGACUGAUCCCAAAGGACACACCUUGCAGGACUCAUCGACCGAGGCGAACAGGCCAAAAACGAGACAGCCCAACUUUAGUGUUGUUAGGCCUAAUGCUCGUUUAGGCCUAUUUUCUUCAACAUGGCGCCGUUUUCUCAGCUACUACGAUAUGUUGGCACGCGAGCGAAGACGAUCAGUAGAACAAAGACACACGCGACAGGCCACACAAAGAUUGAACAGAAGCUAGGCUUUUGAUACAAGCCUGUCUUUUUAUAAUCCUGUUGAUACUGAAAAAGUUUAAACUUUUGCUACCCCAGAGAAAGGUGUUUGAUGUUAUACUAUAAUAUUUUCGCAAAAGCUAUACCUGUACAAACCUAUCUUAGCGUUGCACUACCUUUAUAAGCAUUUGCACAAUGGUAUGUAAAGAGCUGAAGGAUGGCACAAAUUACCUGGAAUUUCUUAAAGGUAGUGUGCACACUGCUUUUUUUAUUUUUCAGUCUAUUUUCUGUCUUAUUUUUUAUGCUCUUUACCGAUACAAUUUUGUAACGGUACUCUCAAACCCAGUUCUACGGAACCUAAAGUUUACACAAGGCAAAACUCAUCUUAUCAACCCUGAAAAGCCUCCUACAAACCAACCACUUAAAUUGCCGAAUUGGACAUAGUAUGCGAAUCCUUUUUGCAUUUUAAAUCGAUGGGAACCGAGGACCAUGCCUCACCGUCGCUGCUGUUUGGACGACCAGACCCCAUGUUGGACAACGCACAACCAACGUGACGCAAAACAAUUUGCAGACAUCAACUCUGACCUCGCAAUUUCAUUCCCUCAACCCAGCAAAUGUUUAGAGACUGGAUGGGUUCAUCGCAGCUAUGCGCAGCCCUUCUCAAGCCUGGCCUGGAGCAGUCGUGCCAAAUGGAUGUCCAAGCGAAAUAUUUUUGAAAGCGUCGACGCAACAAAGCAUUGCCUCAGAAGAGUACUGACCACAGUUUUACCGUACUGACCGCUUUAUGUGGAGCUGGAGCACACACACAUUACUAGAAGCGACUUUGUGUUGUGUUUUUGCUCGUUUGUUAGUACAAAUAAAAUGAGCAUCCCAUACUUAAAAAAAAAUGACAUUGACUCCUUGUCCAUAGGGUUGUUUGUUAACCAAGUACAACCCGAUACAAACGCCUAAACUCAGCGCAAACGAACAUGCAACAUUUUCAACCUUUAAAGGUAUCCUAAAACUAUAUCCUCUUUUCCCUUUGGCUAAUCAG